UUUUGCUAAUGUACAUUGGUGGAAAGGUCGUCAUAAUGCCUAAAAGCUACCGAGGUAUAAAAGAACUUUAUUUCAAGGGUGACUGCAUCAGUGUCUCUUGUCAUCUCAGCAUCUACAAUAAUAACAAGGAAAAUUGAUCCAAAAAUCAAGAUGCAAUCCGCUAUCGUUGCUCUCGCCCUUCUCGUCGGAGCGGUCCUUGCCUACCCCCAAAAGGAAGUUACCGUGACCCGGUCCGAGUUUGAGAACAAUGGUGACAAUUUCAACUGGGUGUCUGAGCUCUCUGACGGCAACACCCAUAGUCAGCAGGGAACUUUGAAGCAGAUCGGAACGGAACAAGGAAUCAGUCUGACUGGAUCCUAUUCCUACACGUCUCCCGAGGGUCAAUUUAUCGAGGUCAAAUAUGUCGCCGAUGAAAAUGGCUUCCAGCCAAUCGGUGACCAUAUUCCAAAACCUGAAGGAGGUGCAGCUCUCCCAGUUCGAUCUAACGCUGGUGGCCGCGGUCCAGCUCGACGAUUUUAAUUUACAAUUAUCAAAUAAUGUGCUUUUGUCCAUUAAACUGGUACAAAUAAAAUGAUACGUUUUGCUUAAAUAUUGA